UUGCAACUUGCAACAACCUGCAACCAUGGUUGCUGUGUAAGACAGCUUUUUCGCAGCCGCGAUUUCGAUGCAGCGCACACUUGUACUUGGUUCGUUCCUGCAGGCCACAGCGGAGCCAUGGAGCGCCGCAGAUGUUCAGGUUUUGUCCAAUGCAGGGCACAACUGCAAAGAAGUGCAUGAGUCUGUUCUGCGACUGGUCGAUGUCUCCAGCUUGGAGGUGGGAAAUGCAUUUCACCACUUCGUGGACAGUGUUCCGAUGCUGUUGCAGCAAUUGGAACAACUCUCCGAAGAUGAUGAACGUGGCCCAGUUUAUGGCCAGCUCUUUCCAAAUGUCAUGGUGGUGUUGCAGCUCAGUUUGAAGGCACUUCAAUUGUUGGGGCUGGCUGCUGUGAUGCAUAGGCCCUGCUUUCAGUCCUCCGUUCGUCUCCUGCUGGGACGGAGUUUGCAACCGCUGCAGCAAGCCUUACAGCAGCAGGUCUCCACAAUGUGGUGGAUGUUCGACAUCGGCCAGUUUUCGAACACCAACAGCCCAGCGAAACACUUGCAGGCGUUGCUUCGCUGCCUGGAAAAGGCUGAGGCUUUAUUCGCAGGUCUUCGGGAGGCAUUGCCUGAGGAGCUUCCGCGUUCAGAGCACUUCUGGGGCCAUCAGGAGCAUGGCAUGUUCAUGAACUCCACGGUCAUCUAUCGGACGCUUUUCCCAGAGUCAGCAAUUCUGGACAAAGGGCUGCUUCGCUACUUGCUUCGUCUCUUGCCACGAGACACACGUCUUGGCGAUUUCGGAGCUUUAGACGGGCAGUACUCCAGGUGGCUGAACGACACAGGGUGGGUCACAGCCUUUGCCUUUGAUGGUGUCACCGGUGUCACAGAGAUCACAAAUGGUGCUGUGACUCAGGUCGAUCUGGCUGAAAAGUUGGAGAUAGAUUGGUACCCAGAGCCUUUCGAUUGGGUCAUGUGCUUGGAGGUGGCAGAACACAUCCCUCCUGAGCACGAGGAGCAGUUCUUGCAAAAUCUAGGCAGGCACGCCUCUCAGGGCUUAGUCUUGGCGAAGGUCACGUCAACUGCCAGGAGCUCGAGGAGUCCAGACAGCGCGUGGAGGCGUUGGGCUUCAAGCAAGACACUGCUGCAACAGAAGCCUUGCGAAGUGCCUCCGAGAUUCCUUGGAUAGCUGCUUCUGUCGCAAUAUAUCGUCGAAUUCUC